CAAGUUCAGACUCCAACCCAUUCAGUUACGCGCUUCUUCUGUGACGUGCUGUUGAGUUGUGCUGUUUCAGUGGCUGAGGACCUUGUUUUCUCCACUUUGCCGAAUAUCAUUCUCUUUGCUAGUUUCUCGCAUGUUCCAUUCGAUACCCGAAGAAGUUGUUGGAAGGAACGUCUUCUCUCUGGCUUUGCUAAGGUUUUAGCUAGAUUUUUGGUUUGUUCCCGUCGGCAGUUUUGCUUGUACCUCGAACGAUAUUCGUAUCUACAUGCGAGGUGGCACCUCCAGCCUUUUAGGUGGCUUCUGCCUCCUGACCUCGCUCCUUUCUGUCUUUGUUUCGUUUUGUCAACAGCUGCACUCCAUCGCGAUGAGGAACACGGUGCGUGCUCCGUCCGGCGCCUUGUCCCGAGAGUGGGAUAUUGGUGCAGGCCUGCGAGACCCAGUGACGAUCGCUCCGCCGCUGGACAUCCCCCCAAUCCCAGAUCCUCAAUGAUUCAAUGUUCCAGCAUCCGAACCAACUCACCGAGCGCCUUGGUUUCCUCCCGAAACCAAGGCACUCUGGAGUGCGACUCGUUGCUGCGCCCGUGUGUGUGUGCCCGGCGCAUGGUUUCCAUCGACCUAUCGGCGGGUCUUUCUGUGUUGCGAGCUUGAUUUCUCUGCACGUCAUUUGAUUUCUGUGUUCCUAGUAAUUAUAUGCUCCACGGUGGUUUGGGCUGUCUUGUCUUGUCAGCUCAUGGUGUGUUGCUUUUAGUUGCCCGUGUGCAACUCGCCUAACCUGACCUUAGGCGUCAAGAGGUGAUUUCUGACCUACGCAUGUUUACGAGCAUCGCUUCACGUCGUGAUGUGAAUUUGGCUAGUCGGUCAAAUAUGUAAAUACACCAGGAAAACUGGUCGCGGUUCAAA